AUGGAAAUCACUGUUGAAAUGAUCAAGGAAUCGCUCAAAGACCCUUACUACCAUUACAACGGCUACACCAUCCACGUCGAGAACCACCGCAUCCUCACCGUCAUCUCCGGAUGCGACCUCACUGUCAGUAAGUGGAUCAAACAUGUCUCCAAAACCAACAACGACUCUGCUUCCUCCUCCUCCAAGAAAUCUCUCAUUGUCGGUGUCUCAACCGAUAAGCAGUACAUUUCCGGCAGUAAAGGCUCCGAGAAUUACAGUCCGUACAACAUCCUGCAGCUCUGCGUCGGCUCUCACUGUCUCAUCUACCACCUCUCGCACCCUGAGUGUUACUACACCUGUAAGUCUCUCCGAGACUUCUUCUCCAAUCCUAAAGUCAUAGCUGUAGGUGUUAACAUAAAGCCGGUGGCUAAACAGUUAGAGAAGGAGUUUAAGAUUAAGUUUGAGAAAGUGAUAGAUGUCCAUGAGCUAGCUGUAAAGAAGAUAGGGCAAGAGUUGUUAGAUCUGAAUCUGAGCAAGUUUGACUUGGAUAAUAUGGCCAAGGCAUUGCUAGGAAAACACAUGGAUGUUGUGAGGCCUGGGGAGAAAGCGGAGUGGUUUACUAAUACUCCUUACUGUAUGUAUUAUGAAUAUCAUGAGAAGGUGAAGUUAGCAACUGUGGAUGCUUAUCUCUGUUUUUUGAUGGGUUGGGAGCUGUUAUAUGAUGCGGAUGAGUGCAAGCGCAAUGUUUCUCUUGCCUUAAAGCAGAAGAUGAAGAAGGAGAGUAGGCAUUAG